AUGUCAGAAGGAAAUACGGUUUUUUGGUAGCCAUUCAAGACAACCAAAGAAUUUAUAGAAAAGGAUUAGAAAAUUACUAAAGGUUUAAUGCAAGGAGCCAUUUUUGCUGUGAUUGGUUAUGGAAUUGGAUUAGUGUUUUUUAGAGCUAGAACACUAAGAGGAUUCACAGCUGGAACAGCAGCAACAUGGCGAUUUAGAGAUCAAAUUGAAUGA